UAUUGACCACUUCCUCUCUCUUUGAACCCUUCAGGUUACACCUUACCAGGAGCCUACAUCUACGGGAUCGGGAUUGGCAUCAAGUCACCCUCAACCCGAAGGAGCUAGGGGACUGGCCGCUGGCGAGAGGAGCUUGUGUUUUAGGUCCUGCCCAUCUUGAUCAAGCAUGCAGACUGUGCGGUUCCUCACCGUGAUUGCCAGCCUUCUGAUAGCCAGCCAAGCCUGGAUUGUGCCGCAGCCCGCUACAAACGUGUGGACUAUGCUGGCGCGAUCUCUGGGUCAAGACCAUAUCUGCCUGAACCAGGCCAGUGCCUCGGACCCGAUUUCUUCCUGCCUCGUGGGGAUCCCUUUUGAAAAACACGAAUUGCCCGAGAAGUUAUUGUAUUACGCCCGCCGCAUAAGUAAGGUAGCUCCUCGGGGUCACGCCUUUAUUACCUGGAGAAAUUUUUUCUUUCAUUUAGAAAAUUUAAAAGAAGAACCCCAGGAGCUGGAGCUCCUUGGUUCGGCCAAAGCCCCGUAUUGUGUUCAUUUCCUCAAUUCGGCAAAUGCUCUUAAUCCCAGAACUAAGCACUUUGUCCAGGCCAAUUCGUUGUACCAUGCCAGAUCAUGGUGCCGGGGAAUCACUAGAGGAAUACUUCCCCCCCAAAUUUAUGACCACCCUAAAAGACUGCCAAAAGGAGUUUUUUUCAUUUGCGGGACCCAUGCUUGGGCAGGCAUCCCCUCCCAUCUUUCAGGAGGUCCGUGCACCUUAGGGAAAUUGGGACUGUUCUCGCCCAACAAAACCCAAAUUAUGAAUUGGAAACAAAAGGAAAAUGGUGCACAAAAAUCGGCAAUCGCUAAAAGAGACCUGAGGAAUUUGGACCCGAACUGCGAUUCAGAAAUUGUACAUUGGAGCAAAUCUAAAGGAAUCGCAGUCACUAUUUUUGCCCCCUGGGUUUCCAUUGCAAAAAAUAUGGGGGAAUUGGCUCAUUUAGAAUGUUGGGUGGCCAAACAGUCAAAGAUAACUUCCAAUGCCCUAUAUAAUCUCCUGCAAGAUGGGGAAGUAACGAGGCAGGCCACCCUUCAAAAUCGGGCGGCCAUAGACUACCUCUUGCUCCUCCACGGGCAUACCUGUGAGGAGUUUGAGGGUCUAUGUUGCUUCAACCUAUCAAGUCGGGCCGAGGACACCAAACAGAUCUUGAGACAAAUGCAAGACAUGGUCGGGCAGAUAAAGACGGAGACAUCAGACUGGUUGAGUAAUAUCUUCAAGGGCUGGGGGCUGUCGGGAUGGGUAGGAUCCAUCCUAAGGACCAUUUUAUUAUUUGUGUUCAUUAUUUUCAUUGUCCUCGUGGCCUUCGGAAUAAUUAGGAGAAUGAUUUUUAAGUUGAUUUCCAGCACCACAACUUCCCCAUCUCCGGAGAUCAAUCAUACAGCAGUGUCGGCUGACGUCGAGGAAGCGGAAUUUGAAGAUUCCGAGGAGGAGCUGGAGGGGUAUGAGGAACCGGAGGGCCCAUGUCGUCUGCCCCAUGACCAAUGGCCUACCCAGCAGUCGUACUUUGCUGAAUGCUACCCGGAAUCUGAGUAUCUUCCCGACCCACCGCGAUUUUUUUCCUCUUAAGAAAAAGAAAAGGGGGAGAUGUGGUGGUGCAUGUUCCUUUUAUCUUUAAUGUUGUAUGUAAAGCUUGGUUCUUUGUACAAUUCAGUUCUAUGUACCCCUACCCCCCCCUAAUUAAUAUUCCUUUGUUCUCUCCUUCUCCCUCACAAGGGGAUAUUUUUAGACCUUGCAGUUAAGUGUCCAUCACCCUUCCCGCCUUUGGUUUUCCCCUCCCAGUUCUCUGUGAUUAGUCCGAAGUGCCUUUCCCCUCCCCUGUCUACCCUAGAGACUGUAUUCCAUUGGCCGGAGGCGGCCAACCCCACCCCUUUCUCCUCCCCUUUUGUCCCCCUUAAAACCCUGUGCACGACCAGUAUCUGGGUCCAGAAUUGGGCUCAGAGCGAGGCUAAUAAACCUUCUCUGCUGCACCAGUUCUGGGUCCUCCUUUUUCCUCUGCCUUGCUGCUUCAGCACAUCCCUCCUAAGCCCCUUCAGGGACACAGAGCCCACAGGAGUCAGUUCUGCUCGCCCUGCCUGCAGACUGACCCUAGGCUGCGCCUUGUUCCAGUGCCUGGGCUAGCUCGGGGCGAGAGCCAGUGGCUCCAGGAGGCACU